AUGGUAUCCCCUUCUUCCUCUUACGCUACCUUCCUUCUCCUGCUCUUCGCUAAUGCUGCAGUGGGCGAGGAAGAGCUCUGCAUAUCUGAUUCCAAAACGUUCACAGUAAAGGUGGAUCUUCACGCGUCCGAAAGAGGCUACUAUUACUUUGAAGAAUGUGGGAAGCAGGUGAAUCCAACCAUUGGGAUGGAAUUUGGAGAGACCUAUACGUUCAUCCAAGAAGACAAGUCCAACUUUUGGCAUCCCCUGAGCUUUGCCUACUUCCCUGACGCCCAUCAUGUGGGUGGUGACAUGCUCCAGCCUCAUGUCAUGGGACAAUCACUGACGGGUGCCAAUGCCGUGGUGAGCCGCUCUACCGAAGACGACUGCUCCAGGAAUAUGACCUGCCCCGCACCCAUGUAUAUGCUCAACGAUGGCUACCUCGGAGCCUACUCGAAUAUUCCCGAGAUUGAAGAAGUCACCGUGAAUAAGGACGACAAUGGAUUGAAAACCUACGAGAACUUGUUCUUCAAGGGCAUGUCGACCUGGAAGGGAUACGGCACCUUCUCGGUCAAGCUGCGGUUCGAUGAUGAACAGUACGUCCACCAUGACCUCUUUUACUACUGCCAUUUCCACCAGUUCAUGGCUGGACGCAUCAAGCUACUCAAGGAUAGAGUCCCCAUCAACGAGCUAGAGGAACCACCGUUGUACUAUGAGCGGGAAAGUCCCGGUGAAUUUGAUGAAAUGUGUGGAACCUAUGGACUGGAUGCGUUCCAAUUGCCACAUCCGCAAUGUCCUAGAACAUUUGUCUGUGAUCCUGACGACAGUAUGAAAGACUUUGCUUCCUGCAUCGAUGCCAUGGAUUGCCACAUGGUUUACGGCAUGACCACCAAGGUAUCCAGCGGCACGGAACUGGCGUUGUUCUUGCAUCAAAUGAUUCCACAUCAUCAAAAUGCCGUCAACAUGGCCAAGGCACUUUUGAAAGCUGGAUUUUUGCCCUGUGAAGACUUGACCAAUGAAGAAGAUCCCUACUGUGUCAUGCAGGGGCUCCUCUAUGGAAUUGUCAAUCGGCAAAAUUUUGAAAUUGGCAUCAUGAGCAACGUUUUGGCGGCCAUGAAUCUACCACGAAUGGAUGAUUGCGAAGUCGAGGUGGGAGACCCCGAGGGGCAAUCCAGGGCACUCCGGAGCAUGGCAACGACGGCGGCGGGGGCCAUCUUUGGAGCUGCCAUGCAGGCAUUCUAG